CGGCGGCUACCUCGACGGCGGAGGCGGACCCGCGGCGGCCUGGUGAGCGCCGCCCGCGACGGCGCGGGCGUGGACCGACGGACGCAGAUAGACCCACGAGCCGGGGAUCCGGCAGAGGGGCGCGGGGGACCUGACUCGGGACUUUCCAGCACCUCAAUGGCCUCCACAAAGAAGACACUUCAGGGUCUUGUUGCUGCAACCAUCACACCGAUGACAGAGCAAGGAGAAGUCAACUAUUCAUUAAUUGGUCAGUAUGUGGAUUAUCUUGUGAAUGAACAGGGAGUGAAGAAUGUUUUUGUGAAUGGCACAACAGGAGAAGGCCUGUCCCUGAGUGUCUCGGAACGUCGCCGGGUCGCAGAGGAGUGGGUGAUGCAAGGGAAGAACAAGUUAGAUCAGGUGGUGAUUCAUGUAGGAGCACUGAGCUUGAAGGAGUCACUGGAACUGGCCCAACAUGCAGCACAAAUAGGAGCUGAUGGCAUUGCUGUCAUUGCACCUUUCUUUUUCAAGCCAUGGAACAAAGAUAUCCUGAUUGAUUUCCUAAAGGAAGUGGCAGCUGCUGCCCAUGAAUUGCCGUUUUAUUAUUAUCACAUUCCUGCCUUAACAGGGGUAAAGAUUCGUGCUGAGGAGUUGUUGGAUGGGAUUCAGCAUCACAUCCCUACCUUCCGAGGGCUGAAAUUCAGUGACACAGAUCUCUUAGACUUCGGGCAAUGUGUUGAUCAGAAUCGCCAGAGACAGUUUGCUUUCCUUUAUGGGGUGGAUGAGCAACUAUUGAGUGCUCUGAUGAUGGGAGCGACUGGAGCAGUGGGCAGUACCUAUAACUACCUGGGGAAAAAGACAAACCAGAUGUUGGAGGCUUUUGAACGAAAGGACUUCUCUUCAGCCCUGAACCAUCAGUUCUGUAUCCAGAGAUUUAUCAACUCUAUGAUCAAACUAGGUUUUGGAGUGUCACAGAUCAAAGCUGUGAUGACUUUGGUCUCUGGGAUUCAAAUGGGCCCACCACGGCUUCCACUGCAGAAAGCCUCCAAAGAGUUUACUGCUAAGGCUGAAAGUAAACUGAAGAGCCUGCAUAUCCUUUCUUCCAGGUUAAAGGAUGGAAACUUGGAAGUCUGUAGCUAGUGCCUCUCUGUCAAAUCAGGGUAUGUAAAUUGAGACAGUCCACCUUGAGUAGUGCAUUCUAUUCUCCAGGACCUUUCAGAUGAACUAAACUCUCCUAGCAAAUCUCACAUUAAUCAACAAGUAUUUAAGUACCUCCUAUGAGCCUAAAAAAGUUUUAUUUUGUGAAGAGACAAGAACUCUAAAAGCAGUCAUGAGCUCUGAGUCAUUUAUUUCAGAAAAUUUUUGUAGAGAAAAUUCUGUUUGUAUGGAUGAAAUGGAAUCAAGAGGAAAAUUGUAAUUGAUUAAUUCCGUCUGC